AUGAAAAAGGUGGGGAGGCACUUGGCCCAGUGCGGCCAUUGGUCUCGGGGCUUCUCCAGGUACUCGGAUAAGCAACCCAUUAAGGAGAAGAAGAGGAGUCAAUUCAUUUUUGACACUGUGCGUGGUAUCCCGCUGCGGAAUAUGCUUCGCAAAUGGAACGGCAUAACGAUGGAACAUGCUCGCAAAAGAGAGAAGGAGAUCGACAAAAUGAUAAAAAAGACAUUUGAAGAAUUGCGUGUCAAGUAUGAACAGGUAAGAGUAAAGUAUCAGGACACACUAUCCACGUGGAGAAAAGAAAGAACCAGAAUUAGAAAGCAAGUUGCCCCAUUGUUCCUAAAGGGGAUGUUAAUGAAAAACAUAGGAAUUGAUGGACAACACAUAAAAACUGUCCUGUACAAAGUUUCCCUUGGAGGAAGAGUCUUUUUUAAAAAUCUGAUGAACCUCUGUCGGGACGCCAACAUAUCGUAUUAUAGAAAUAUAAUUCAUUAUCAUUAUAGGAGAGCACCUGUGACGUACACGUUGAUGUCACUGCACCUUUUGGUUUUCCUCUUAUGGAUGAAUGCGAAGCCUGGGGAUACAUACAACUAUGUUGGGAUGCCCCGAGGGUUUUACUAUCCCAGUUCGAAUGUCUAUAGCCCCCCGGGUUUUAACAAUGCGUCGUCUCGUCAUUCUUCCCCCUUUGGGCUGUUCAACUUUUUAACGCUUGAAUUUAUGUAUAACCACUUUUGCUGCGGAUUGCAGCAGCUGAGGGAAAGGAAACUUUAUACGCUCAUAACCAACCUUAUCAGCCACAACACUGUGCAGUCCCUUCUGCUGAAUACCAUUUCGCUCUUCUACAUCGGGAGAUCCUUCGAGAUGAUUAUUACCUCCAAGAAUUUCUUUCUGACUUAUUUUAUUAGUGGGAUCAUAUCAUCAUAUGUAGAGAUUUGCUACCAGAAGCGUGGGGGUUCCUUUCCCUACGGCAACGUUUCCGUCUUGGGGGCCAGCGGCAGCAUCAGCUCCAUUCUCACGACGUACACGCUCAUGUUCCCUAGCCACAACAUUUAUCUCUAUGGGGUGUUGGCGAUUCCCCUGGCCCUGUUCACCUCCCUCUACUGCGCGAACGAGGUCUACUGCGUGCUGACGGACAAGAAGGACAACACAGGCCACGUGGCACACCUCACGGGGAUGUUCCUGGGAAUCCUAUACUACUACUUCUACGUCAAGGGAAGAGUGCUGCAGAUGAACGCGAAACGGUUUUUUAAUAUAGUCCAAGCAGAGGACCAUGAUGGGAAUAGAAAAAAAAAGGUUAACGCGAGAAGGGGGGAAGAACAACGUAGGGGGGAAGUAUCUGGAUUGAAAAAAAAUGAAGAAGCCUCAGAAGUGGCAAGCCAAGGGGGAGAGUCACUGGGGGACGAUGUCAAGACGGUGGCGGAAGGACGCGACACGCAUAGCGUCGGGGCAAACCAGGACGACAUAAGCAAGCAAUGUCCUGAUGGUUUGGAAGCGAAAGGUGGAAGCAUCCCCGACAGAGGGACACAAAAUGAGAGCGCGUGGAAGUCGAAGGAAAAUAACACCACCCAGGCUGUCUCUGACCAGUUAAGCAAUGCAUUAAAUGUUCAUAGCCGAAUCGGGGAGGAAGUCAAUCGUGAUAAGGAGGCCAUAGGAUUAGGGGAAAACAACUCAAAUGAGGCUGCGGCCCCGUUUGAGCCUCUGCAGGCAGUGGAAAUGAAUAGCCAACAAGUAAGCGAGGUGGAAGGAGGGCAUCACUGUAGCCGAGAGGAUAAGUCCAGCGUGACCCCACGUGACGUCUUGCAAGAUGGAAGUAAUAAUCCUAACAGGAAUGCUGAUAGCCCUACCGUGGAAAGGGACACACGGAGUGAAGCGCCACAAGUAGGAGAAACAAAGAAGAACAGAGAAAAACAGAUGAGAAGUAACUCAGGAGACACGACCAACAAAGAAGUGAACGGAGAGGCAGAGGAGAAGAGUGCACCGCAGAGUGACACCAACCUGAGUAAAGGCGACGGUAAGCACCAGUACAAUAAGAAACCACACGAUUGUGUUGAGAGGGCGCAGAAAGGGAAGAGCCAGGGAACGGCAAAUAAAUUCAAUCCGCAAGGGGCGUACAACAAUGUCAGUAGUGGUGGAAGCUAUCCACGGAGUUGGAUCAACUCGAAUGGCUACUACAACCUGUACGGCUCUGGUUACCCCGGUGGGGCAGGCAUGCUCCCCGUGGGAAACGUUCCUCCCGCCACAACAGUCUCAUCCACGGGGCCCCCAGGAACGAUGAACAUGGUCGACAUGGAGAACGCGACGUAUGCGACCUACACAAACCAUAUAAACUACAAUUAUAUCUAUAACUACCACUACACUCACAACUACCACUACUAUUACUAUGGCAUAUACGAGGACUACGGCCGUGGGAUGGAAACAGACAUGGGGGAAGAGCCCUAUGGGUUCUGCUCCCUUCUGGACAAAAGCAUCCAGCUAAUGAAGAAGAACGACAAGGUAAAAGAAAUCCUGAAACGCCCAGCCAAAUUGCAAGUGACCCAAGAGGAGCUGAACAAAGUGGAAUACUCAGAGGGGAAUGACCAGUACAACAUCUGGUUCGGAAGGUACAUGCCGGACAAGUUCGACAAAGGAAGCAGUGGUACCAGUAGCACUGCUCCACAACGCUUUGUGGCAAGGUUCAAAUGCAAACCAUCCACCGACUCAGGAUACACAAAGGCAGAUAAAAAUUUGACCAGCAGGCAAUUUUUUUGCAUCUACUUUGCACGCGGUUGUUGUGCUUACGGGCAUAACUGCCUCUACAGACACCGAAUUCCAAACGAAAAUGAUGAGUUACAGUUUGAACAGACGAUUGAUAUUUUCGGACGAGAAAAAUUCAGUACCUUCAAAGAAGACAUGAGUGGGGUGGGUAAUUUUAACAGUGAGUGUAGAACCCUCUUCAUUGGAAGCAUUCACAUUGAUAACUUCGAGCAAGUCCACUUAAUUGAGCAGAUCUUAUAUGAUGAGUUUAGCAACUUUGGACGCAUUGACUAUGUAAGGUAUGUCCCUUUUAAAAAUAUUGCCUUCGUUCAAUAUUCAUACAGAGUCAAUGCGGAGUUUGCCAAAGUGGCCAUGUCGGAUCAGCCCAUUGAAAAUCACUCCACAGCAUUGACCAUCAAGUGGGCUUUCGAGCUGAAGAACACUCCGCAUCAUUCCUUUCAGCAUUACGCUAAUCCGUAUGUGUAUAAUCAGAGCCCCUUGGUUUCUUCCACGUGGCAACAGUACGUCUCGCAGGAGAGGCAGCGGGAUCGUCAGCAGGAUCGUCAGCAGGAUCGUCAGCAGGAUCGUCAGCAGGAUCGCCAGCAGUUCAGCCCGUCGCCCCAAUUUGUCCCAGUUUCCAACCACAGCAUAGAGACCCUUGGCGACGGCGAUAAUCGCGCCCUUUCCUAG